AUGGCUUCGAAUCGUCCCCCAUUACCAAUUUAUUCUCAUCUUAUAACGCCAGCUCGUCGUACAAAUACAUUUCAAGGUGGUCAAAGACCAUCGAAUAUAAUCAAAUUAGCAUCAUCAACAGUAUCACUAAAUGAAAAUGAUACACCACUGAAUAAAACACAUCUAUUUUCUCCAGUUGUUAAUUCACAAUCGCCUUCAUCAUCAAACGAUCACCUUCUUAAAUAUGAUAUUCGAAGAUUGCGUGCUAGUCUAGAACGUAAAGAAGAACAAAUUAGUUGGUGGAUGGAAAAGUCAAAAAAUGAUAAUGAGAAAUUCGAAGUUUUAAAAUCUAAAUUAGAACAAACAAAUCGCCAACACGAUUUAACAUUACAAUGUGUUCGAUCAACACUUGACGGACUAACAUGCAUGAAUCGAUCAGUUAAUGUUAUAUUUAUGCAUGAAGAUAAAGAAAAUAAAUUGUUUGAUGAUGAACAAGAAGAAUUCAAUGAAACAGAUGUCGAUGAAAAUAUAUCUCUAGUGCUUUUAUCACGUUUGAAUGAUAUUUGUAUAAAAUUAGCAAAAAAUAUUGAUUUAUUACUUCGUACACCACUUUCGUCGGGUGUAUCCUCAAUAAAACAAUGUCAUUCUGUUCAACGGCACGAGUCAAAUGCUUCGUCUACAUCAAAACAAUCUACAGAUGAUGUUCAUGAUACAUCUAAUGUUGUUUAUGAAGAAAUUAUUGACAAACUACAUAAUGAUCUUGAUUUAAUGAAAAUUCGUAUGGCAGAACAUCAACUUCGAACAAAAAAUCUUGAAGAAGAAUUAAAUCAAUGUAAAUCAGCUCAUCUAUCAGCAAAAAUAAUAUUUGAUAUGCAAGAAAAAAAACUUCAAGAACAACUAAUACUCAAAGAUAAACAAAUAAUAUCCAUUGCCACCAAUGAACACGAUGUUCUACGACAGUUAUUAGAUGAAAAAACUACUGCAGUUGAGCGUUUAAAUGAGGAAUACGAAUUGCUAAUGACUAAGUAUCAAAGUGAAUAUAAUCGAAAUGUUGAUUGUAUGAUAAAAGCCGAUGCAUUACAUGGACAUAUUCGUUUAUUAAGUGAAACAUUGGCGGCAAAAGAAAUCAACGAAGAGAAAUUAGUAACACAACAGCAACAAAUGAAGAAACUUAUGACAUUGCUUGUUCCAAUAACACCAACCUCAGCAAUGAGUAAAAAACAGAAUGAUAAAAAAACAUUUGGCCGUAAAGUUAAACGACAUCUUCGUGAAUCAUUUUCAUCUCUUGUAAAUCAUAAGCAAACGUCAAAUAAUCAAUAA